AUGGGACAGUAUGAUCAGGCAAUAGAUUAUAUCCGUCAGUGUCCGGUAUUACAAAAUCCAAAGGACAGCGCUAAUCUUCUGAAUAAUAUUGAUGCUGUCUAUUUUUACAAAGAAGAUUUGGAGACAGCUCUUCAUUAUUAUGAACGUGCAUUAAAACUUGACCAUGACAGUAAUCUGGUUAAAUCCCUUAUGCACAUUAAUACUGGCACAUUAUUAGAACGAAAAUGUAGUUUUAACGAAGCACUCAAAUCUUUUUCAAGGAGUUUAAACCUGAUUACAGACGAAUUUUUACAGGCUAGAAUAUAUAAUAAUAUUGGGAUAUUAUACGAUCAAGGGCUAGAAGAUGGCGAGUCAGGCCUUGAAUAUUAUGAAAAAGCUCUUGUAAUUUACAAAACUACUGGUCAGCUACGUCAUUCAUAUGCAGAAACGUUGAACAACAUUGCAUGUGUUUAUGAUACAAGAGGUGAACAUGAAAAAGCCCACGAACUUUAUAUGGAGGGACUGUGCAUUUACGAAAAGACGUUAUUGGUUGGUCAUCAUGAUAGUACUCAUGCACUGCUGAAUAUUGGAACAACGCAUUACAGUCAAGACUCAUAUGAUGUAACAAUUGAAUAUUAUGAGAAAGCCUUGACUGGAUUUCGACAAAUCAUGUUAGUCUUCAAUUUGCAGCAUGUUUGUGUAAUAUGGCAGAUGUAUACAGGAAGAUGA